AUGCGUAAGAGUAAAGCUCGCACUGCAGUUAGAAGAUUAAUGGAUAUCAUUAAGUCCGGUGACAAAGAGAAUGCUAUUUUAGCAUUUCGUAAUGCCGAGUCUCAAUUAUGUAAGUGUGUUAGCAAAGGUGUAAUGCAUAAAAAUACUGUUGCACGUAAAAUAAGCCGUUUAAAUCUAAAUGUUAUGAGUCAAAAGGUAUUUUUAAAAUUAGAGGAUGGUAUAGAAAUUGAGUUACCUGUAUUAGAUGGUACAAUAGGUCCCAGAGUAUUGGCCGUAAAAGAUUUAUAUAGGACUACUGGUUUAUUUACAUACGACCCUGGGUUCGUGUCAACAGCAUCAUGCUCUUCUUCAAUUACAUUUAUUGAUGGAGAUGCGGGGAUAUUAAAAUACAGAGGAUAUGAUGUCAAUCAUCUAGCAGAAGAUUAUGAUUUUACAUCAGUAAUUUAUUUACUACUCUACGGUAAAUUACCAACUUCAGAAGAGCAUAAGCAAUUUUUGCCGAAGAUAAAAGUAUCAGAGCAAAUUAUAAAUAUUGUUAAGGCGUUUCCGAGCAGUGCUCACCCUAUGUCAAUUCUUAUUGCGUGCUAUGCAAGUUUAGCUGCAUCUUAUUAUGAGCAGCAUGGAAAUAACGUCAAUGGUCAAGACUUAAAUUUUGGAAUCUCUGCAAUAGCACAAGUUCCUGCUAUUGUUGCAAUGAUCUAUAGGCAUAUUAAUAACCAAGAAUUUGUAAAUAGCAUAGAUAGUGAAUUGAGCUAUAGCGAAGGUUUUGUGAGAAUGAUGUUUGGUAAUCACGAGAACAUUGCUCUACUCACGAAAGCUUUGGAUAAAAUAUUUAUCCUGCAUGCCGAUCAUGAACAAAACGCUUCUACAGCUUCUGUAAGGCUUUCAGGUUCAGCAGGUUCUAACUUAUUUGCGUGUCUCGCUGCGGGAGUUGCAACACUUUGGGGCCCAGCACAUGGCGGUGCUAACGAGGCAGUAAUAAACAUGUUAAAAGAAAUAGAGCAGAGUGGCAAUGUAGAUAAAUUUGUUGCAAAAGCCAAGGACGAUAAAGACCCGUUUAAGUUAAUGGGAUUUGGGCACCGUGUUUAUAAAAACUAUGAUCCACGUGCACGGAUAAUGAAAGAUGUCUGCCAUGAAGUUUUAAGUGAACUCACACAAAAUGACAAGUUGCUGGAAAUUGCAAUAGAACUUGAGGAAAUAGCUUUAAAGGACGAGUAUUUUAUUGAGCGGAAACUGUACCCUAAUGUCGAUUUUUAUUCGGGUAUAAUAAUGAAUGCUAUUGGAAUACCUUCAAGAAUGUUUACACCUAUUUUUGCACUUGCAAGAACAACAGGUUGGGUUGCCCAGUGGUAUGAGAUGGCACACGAUAAAGAGACAAAAAUUUGCAGACCAAGGCAACUUUAUAUUGGUAAGUUAUAA